UAGUAAAAUUUCACAGUUUCAUGAUAACACUCCUCGGGCUACUUACUUUUUAUAUUUGAUGCUUGCUGAGCUAAAAGCGGUGAACAAUUUUCUGAAAACUUUAAAUAAGUUAGACGAAAACGAAUUUUAUUAUUGGAAUACCAUUCACCUAAAAACUACUGCUUUCUACUGGGCUUCUUUGACUUCGCAUCUAUUAAAUUGUUUUGAGGUAAGUAGUAUAGACCCAAUACUCAAUCACUUGGAAACUUGUCGCCAGCCAGAAGGAGGUUAUGGAGGACAAAAGGGUCAUGAUGCCAACUUGCAGUUUACUUUGAGUGCGAUCCAGCUUUACAUACUUUUUAACAGAUUAGAAGAGAUCGAUGUAGUUAAAAACUCUGCGUUUAUUUUAAAACUUCAAAAUUCAGACGGUUCCUUUUCCAGUGACAUAUGGGGAGAGAAGGAUGUAAAGUUUACUUACAUGGGUCUUUUAAGUUUGAAACUUCUUCAAAAGUUGAAUACUUGCGAUAUUGCCUCCGCGCAAUCCUUUCUUCUUUCUUGCUUAAAUAAAGAUGGGGGUUUCGGCCUCCUUCCAAGGACCGAGUCUCACGCAGGCUUUACUUUCUGCGCCGUGGCUGGGCUUGUUCUCUGUGGUCAUGUUUUUACAGAAAAGGAAAACAGUUUAAUCGUAGACUGGCUCAAAAAUAGAAUUUUUGGAAUAGGAGUGAACGGAAGACCUGGAAAAUUUUACGAUAGUUGCUACGCGUGGUGGGUGUUGGCUUCUUUAAAACUUUUAAAUGUUCCAGUUAUUAAUUAUGACUUCGUAAUUCCCUUUAUACUUUCUUGUCAGAAUAAAAAAAGCGGGGGCUUUUCACCUCGCCCGAGGGAACCAGCCGACUUGUUCCAUACAACUUUCAGUGUGGCCGCGCUUUCUCUACUAAAACAUGGAGGACUGGAGCCUAUUGAUCCAUUAACUUGUUUACCUGGUAGUAUUAUGAAUAUCUAA